AAACAUUCCCGAUCAGACUCACUCACCAGACAACUGAACAACUUUACUCAACUCUUGAUUAUUCUUCACAGCCUUUUGAGACCAACCUUGAACACUUUCACCCUUUAUUCGAGGUCAACUCAAGACAUAUUCACAUACAUCCCAUCCCUUACUCAUCUAUUCUCUCUUUAACACUUCUUCUCAUACUCAAAAAUGCAGUUCGAGUCGGAUUACCGGUUCGACAUGGACGACUCCUUCAGCCUCUGCAGUCAGCCCAUGUCCUGCCCUUCCACCACCACAAGCUUCUCCUCCGCCUCAUCAGCCUACGACCCAUUCACUCCUACAUCUCGACGAUCAACACCUCAUGAAUUCGGCAACAUGGACUUUGAUGGCCCUUACAACUCUGUCUCCCACCGGGCAGAGCUGACCCCUCCCUCAUCAGCAAUGGGCAAGUUCAUGUUUGGCCCUGUCAAGCCUGAGCCUGAGCACAUCUCAUUCUCCGACUCUCUCCCCAACACUCCCAUGAAGCGAGAACAACUCGGCUUCGAGUACGAGCACAUGAUGGACAUGAACAUGGCACACCACGGAUCAAUGGGCUCAUUGACACCAUCAAACUCCUUCGGCAUGUAUUCGUACUCUCCUGAUGCUUCAAUGGGCCCCGCCUCUUUCAUGAUGACACCAACCCAGAGCAUCUCUGGCUCUGAGGCUGCCGAGACCGGCUCAUCAUGGUCUUGUGCCAACGAUAGUCCCAUCUCAUUCUUCCCUAACAGACAACUCUCAAGUGACUUUGACACUUUCGAUAUGGACCGCCACUCUCAGUCACCUCUUGGCUACCAUCUUCAUGACCCCAACUCUCCCAACCGCAUGCGUGCUCAAAGGAAGUUAAUGGUGCAUGAGAUCCAGCAGAAGAGUGCUGAACUUCAGCGAGCUCAGAUUCGAUCAUCGAGGAAGCGAUCGAUCAAGCCCGAUUCUGCUCAAGUUGAUGUUGUUCGAAGAGCCAUGUGCAAGUGUGACUACCCUGGUUGCCACAAGGCCUUCCGACGAAAUGAGCAUCUCAAGCGUCACAAGCAAACUUUUCACGGUGAAGGACCUAACCGUUUCUCAUGCGAGUUCUGCGGAAAGGACCAAUUCAACCGCCAAGAUAACCUCAACAACCACCGCAAGCUACACGCACGACCCAACAGCCGCAACCGCGGAGUUGAAUUUAUCCCUGCUGCAGUCCCUGUUAUUGAGCAGGAGGAGCGAAGCAGGAAGCGAAGAGCGCCCUCAAAGUCCAAGAUUGCUGAGAAGCGGGGCUCAGAAUACUAAGCCUGUCAUUGACUGCUUGGCAUUACCUACUUUUACUUUUACUGAUGGACAUAUCUUGGCCGGGUACCUUACUUAAGAACUCCGUCAGUCGCC